UUGAAUAAAAAGAAAACGAAAAACAUGACCAACAAAUUGACAUGGCGGCUUGCAACUUUGAUGGUCGUGGUGGCGGUAUUCAUAUCAAUGGCAGAACCAGUGACAUCAUCACAGUCUCAUAACAGAAACACCACUCUGAUAAGAUCUUAUUGUAGUUUUUUUCGUGGUAGGAGCGAAAAAUAUUUCUUGAGCAAUCUCAACACCACCCUUUCUAGCCUGCGUCAACAGUUGUCGGUCAACGGUGUACGCUAUGCCAUUGCACGUACAUUGCUCAAUGGCGAGUCCGUGUGGGGCCUUGCUUCGUGUCGAGGUUAUGUCUCGAAUACUGAUUGUGUUGCUUGUUUCGACUAUGCUGUCACUCAGCUAAAAGUAUGUGGGACAGUCAAUGGAGCUAAUGCUUAUUACAACGAUUGUGAUGUCAGGUACGAGAAUAUCAACUUCUAUGCUGAUGCUAAUAUAAGAGCUGGUGCAGUUAUAUGUGGCAAUAAAACAUCACAUCAUCCAUCAGACUUUAGAAAAACAACCAACAGCUUGUUAUCAGAUCUUCGAACCGCAACACCAAAAACAUCAAAUUAUUAUGCAGCUUCAACUAGGCAACUAUCUAACAGUAAUGUUACCGUGUAUGCCAUUGCCCAAUGCAAUCUAAACUUAACGCAGAGCGUUUGUAAAGAUUGCUUGAACUCCAGAUAUAAUUCUUUGGAUGAUUGUCUUCCUGGCACAACCGGGAGGGCUAUUGACAAUGGAUGUUUUAUGAGGUAUUCUAAGACUCCUUUUUUCAGACCAAAUCAGACAACUGAUAUUACGAAUCUCCUAGGGGAUGGAGAUUCAAGCAAAAAGAAAUCCAUAAUUGGUGGAGUUGUAGGAGGUGUAUGCUUUCUAUUUUUGAUAGUGGCAUUUUUCUUAUGGCGGCUUCGAUCUAAAAACAAAAGUUCUUGUGGAAGAGAUAAAACAUCUGGAUCAACUGAGUUGCUGCAAGGUCCAGCAAGAUACACGUAUGAUGAUUUAAAAAUAGCAACAAAUAAUUUCAGUGAUGAGUACAAACUUGGAGGAGGGGCGUUUGGUGAAGUAUACAAGGGUACAUUCAAGAAUGGGGAUACAAUUGCAAUUAAGAAAUCAGUUAUGGCAUCUACUAGAAGAGGGAUACACAUUGAUGAUGAACUUAAGAUCAUAUGUAACGUUCAUCAUCGUCAUAUUAUACGCCUACUUGGAUAUUGUCGCAAAGGGCCACUCUUGUUUCUUGUCCAUGAGUACAUGGAAAACGGCAGCCUUGAUCAGUUUCUUUAUGGUGACAAGUCAAGAAAUUUAACUUGGAGACAGAGGUUUGAUAUAAUCUUUGGGACAGCAAGGGGUCUUGCAUACCUACAUGAGCAAUACCAUGUUACCAUCAUUCAUAGGGAUAUUAAAACCAGCAACAUUCUACUCGACAACGAAUUUCAGCCAAAAAUUGCAGAUUUUGGGAUGAUAAGGCUACUACCAGAAGAAAUGACCCAUCUCAGCACUAAAAUGGCAGGAUCCUUGGAUAGUGCUUAUGUAGCACCAGAAUACGCCAUUCAUGGGCAACUAUCUGAGAAAGUAGAUACUUAUAGCUUUGGUAUUGUUGUCCUUGAAAUUAUUAGCGGGAAGAGGUGCCGUGUUGUCAAAGAUGGUGAAUUCGGUAGCCAAAGCCUCCUUGAUCAUGCAUGGAAUCUAUACGAGUGUGGGCAGCAUUUGAAUCUGAUGGAUGACAGACUAGACCCUAGCGAAUAUCAAGCAGAAGAUGCAAAAAAGAUCAUAGAGAUAGCUCUGAUGUGCACUCAGUCACCAGUCUCUGCAAGGCCAGCUAUGUCUGAAGUUGUUGCACUUUUAGGUGACAGAUCACUUGAAGAAAUGCUACUCGUAAGGUCUACAUUCCAUGACGAUGCCGUAAAGAUUGAAGUUGAUACCUAAAGAUCAUUUUCCUCCAAUGUGGCAAUGCCACUGCCUCUUUAUUUACACCACAUUACUAGUUUGAUUUUUACAAAAAUGUAUGGUAAAAUCACCAACAUUAAUGUACAUGCCUCUGUUUUCCCUUUCAAAUUCCACCCCUGUUUCUCUACCCUGCAUAUAUGUAGCUUCUACUGACCCGAGCCCCAAGCACCAUAUUGUAUAUGUUUUACCUUGUGGAUUAUACAAUUCAUAUACGGAGUAUGUGUGAAAUGUUAAGAAAAAAACUAUUAUGGUACAUUAAUUCUAUCCCACUUAAUUAAA